UGCGCGUGAGGGUUUAAGGCGGUUAGUGUUGUUCUCUCAGGCUUUACCCAUCCAGCAUUACCCAGGCAUGUCUGGGGAAGAGCUUGUACCCUCCGUGGUCUCCUGCAGCCUGGAGCUUCCCAUCUGUAUGGACUGGAUAAUGAAAAACAAUGAGGAAAACAUAAAAGUGGAGAAAACGGUGGACCGGAUAUUAGAGGGGAGCUCUGGAGAUGAAUCCGAGGAGGUGAAACCUGACCCCCCACCGGUAGCCAUACGAAGAAAGGUGUCAUUUGCGGAUGCCUUUGGUCUGGACCUGGUUUCCGUGAAGGAGUAUGACAACCAGAAUUCAUCAGAGCUGGAGGUAAAUAGUAGAGAAGCUGAGGAAUACUACAUCUCUUGCCUCUUCAAUAUCCCAGCGUUGCACCAGAACAUGGAGGUGAGACUUCAGCAGCAGAAGUUGGAGCUGGAGCGCAUCGAGCUGCUCCCUGGAUCCACCACAAUCCGCGGCAUCAUCCGCGUUCUUAACCUCUGCUUCCACAAGGCCGUCUACGUCCGUGUCACUCUGGACGGCUGGCAGAGCCACUUCGACCUGCUAGCAGAGUACAUGCCUGGGUCCAGCGAUGGCGAGACGGACUGUUUCUCUUUCCAACUCGUGUUGAUGCCUCCGUUCCAGGUCGAAGGGUUGCGGGUGGAGUUCUGUCUGUGGUAUGAAAGUCCUGUUGGAAUAUUCUGGGCCAACAAUGGAGGGACGAACUACAUUGUCUUCUGCCACCAAAGACAAAGGAGCGAUCUGAAAGAGAAAGAGAGUGAAAAGGAGAAGUCGGUAGAGGAGAGUAACCAAAAAGGUAUCAGGAGCUGCCUUAAAACAACCAGUAAAAAGACCUACUGGGAGGCGACACCUGCAGAGGCGAGCGGUGAGAUCUCAGAACAAGUCACACCCAAGGCCAGGCAUACUAGGGAGAACAUAACAGAAAAAGAAGUAGGAAUCAAUUCCUUCAAAUCCCUUAAGGACUGCUGCAAAACUCUGGUGGAUCGUCGUAGGAAACGUCAAGCUGCUCGUUUGGCACACGUGCAGGACUACUUCACUCAGAAAGCAAUGGAAACCCAGAAGGGAUGUAUUUCCAACACAGAUGAAAGUACCACAUCCAUCCCAAGGCUGAAUAUACCAAGUAGAACCGACUUGCCGGUUGUCCACGGCCAACAAGCCGUGGACACGCCACCAAUACUAAUGUACCACCAGAUCUCUUUGCUUUCCCUGGAUUGGGGCAGUACCACAACAACACCCCCCCAAUCAAACCCUCCAGAUGCCUACAGUGAAACAAGCCAUCAGGCAGAAGAUCACCUAGCCAUAUCGGCUUCUAAGGCCUGGGAAGCUUUUCUUAAUGGCACUGAUACGCAGGACCAAGUAUGUGUUCGUCCUGAGUCAGAAGUUGUAGCUUUAAGGGCCAAAGUUGUAGUCGCGACGGAGGACAAGGGAGCUGAGAAAGACCCCAGUCAAGAGUCUGCUGACAGGAAAGCAAUGGAAACUGUAAAAUCUGAUCCUGUAGAGCAAUCAAAGGAUCUGAACAUGAGUCCUUCUAGAGAUCAGGUUGUGGAUUACCAACUAGUGAAAGGGCCAAGGGUCACUACCCUACCAUGUUCUGCCCAGGGAUCGGAGCCAGAGAGGGCGGUAAGUGAGUUAGAGGCAUCUCAUUACCGCCAAGCCCCACAUCAUGAGCACACAAGCGGAUCUUUGAGUCAAGACACGACCAAAGCAAGCCCAGGGGGCGAAACUCGAACCACACAUGACACUGAGACUCAGAAUUCAGAAGCCGGAGAUGGAAUCGCACCUGAAGAAUGCAUGGGCAGCUCCGACACCUCAAAGGUUAAAGAAAACACACACAGAGUGGUCAAAGACACCCUGACAUUUACGGAGAUCAGGGACGUGCCGCUCACAAAUAGACAGGCCGAGGGAUCUUCUUCAGAAAGGAAGGAUAUAAAUAAAGACGCCAGCGAGGAGCAGGUGGAAAUGAGGGCGUUUUGUAGAGAACUACAUGAAGAGGAAACGGAAAGCAGUAGAAAAGGACAAGAUGAGACAACUACGGAUCACAGCGCAGAAAUACAGAGCGUUUCAUCGUGCGAGAGGGAAGCAUUUAAUGAGAACGAAUUAUGCACGUCGAACAAGAUUUUUAACAAAGACGGUUCAGAGCUAUUGAAAAACGAAGAGAGGCGUUUUGAGGCAAACGAAGGACUUAAAAUGAGGGAGCGACUGAAUGAGACGACUAUAGAACCUGCUAGUGCUGAAGAGCUUGUAGAGGACUCCCAAGCAGUGGAUGACAAUUGCACAGAUGGAGAAGAGAAAGAGUUUGAGAGUCAUGCUACCAAAUUUGUACCCACCCACUUACCUACCUAUCCAACAGUUAGCGUUUACCCAUCCAGACACCUCCUUCAGACAACAUCUGCAAAGGAAAGAGAGGUCACUUUUGCAGAGGAAGACUUUGAGCUUGGGAAGACCCUCAGAAACUUUCAAGAACCCCAGCGACUGGAUGAAGAGGAUAAACUCUCCACGCCGUUACCCAGCAUUCACCUGUCCUGGGUGGACGGCAACAACAGUAGGCUGUUAUCAUGGUGGAGGGAGUUCUGCUCGCUGGGUCACAUGGCCAAGGCUCUUGUGUAUGCUAUUCUGUUUGUGAUCUUCAUAACAGCGUAUCUCUACGACCUACCGACCUGCAUGGCCCUCUAUCUGUUUUCUCUGUGCUGGUGGUGCGGCCAGGGCAUGAAGCAGCGUCUGGACGGGGCUGUCAAUGUGGACUGAGACCAGACAGGAAGUUCUUGAAAGUUUCUGAGGCAGUUCUUGUCAAAUUGUGUGACUGAAAUUAAAAGUGACACAAAGUGAUUCUACGGGCCCAAAAUCAUUUGACAAAAUGAGAUUUAGGUGGCAUUUUUGUUUCUUUCUUUCUCCUCACUUGUGUUCCCAUUAAAAGUCCCAUUUGAAACAGGAGUCUUUUAAUAUAAUCCUAAAUUCAAACUGCGAGAAUAGUGGAAAUGUGCUAAUCCAUAUUUUGUGAUAUAAUUAAAUGACAGAAACCCUCUUGUAAUGUCAAAGGAAACAACUGUUUUCACACAUAUAUCUCAUGAAA